AUGGUUAAUUUGCAAUUACAAGGCGACAGUUUAAAUUUGAUUAAAGCAAAGUCCAUCUUAUCAGCGUUUCUUGCCAGAGUUAAACUAAUGAAGCAAAAUAUUGGACGGGGCGAAUUUUCUCAGUUCCCCAAUUUGUCACAGACAAGCUGCCAGGAAGACGACGUUUCAACUUACGUUCAACAUUUAAAUGCCCUCUAUUCAUAUUUUGAAUCUAGGUUUGAGGAUAUUUUGACUAUGGUAAUACCACCGUGGAUAAUUAAUCCAUAUGAAGAAACGAAUGUCAUAAUACAAGAGGAACUGACUGAACUAAAUACAAACGAAGAACUUAAGGUUCAGUUUAAAAACGGAUAUCAGCAAUUCUGGCUGCAACACAACAUACCCGUUACUUAUCCCGUAUUAUGGAAUAUAGCGAGGAAAUUUUUAAUUUCCUUUCCAUCGUCAUCAUUAGCCGAGGAGAUUUAA